CUAUUCCGCUGCUGAUAUCCAAUUCUUCCUUGAAUCCGAUAUCUGUUUCUAUCUCAGGGUAUAGCAAAGUGGCCACUCAUCAGUCGUUUUGGGGAAAUGGCGAGAGUUUCGGGCAAGCGUAAGAUCGAUGUCGUCGACCUCACGGAUACCAGCGGAACUUCUGCUCGUCCCAGCAAGACAAGAGCGGAGCUUGAGGAACGCGAAAGUUGGAGCAGUGGCAGCCGUUUUGGCGUAAAUGCCGCCUUUCUACCGUUGAGCCAAGCGAGUCUGGAGGACGAAGAUGAUGAUGCGGGCGCUGUCGAGUUGAUUCCUGGUUCUCAGGGUUUUGAGGAUGCCACGUACAGCGAGUAUCAACUUUACGAUAAUCUCCCUACGAAGAUUGUCGGCGUGCGCUACUAUCGAGGGCAGGCUACUGUUGGAGAACAUGUCAUUCUCAAAAGAGAGCCGGGCAACCCCUAUGAUCGCAAUGCUAUCCGUGUGGAUAAUGUCAUGGGGCAUCAGAUUGGCCAUAUUCCUCGUAAUACGGCAGCCAAACUGGCGAAAUAUAUGGAUUCCAGAGAUCUUCUCAUAGAGGGAAUUCUGAGCGGACCCAAAGGAGAUUUUGACUGCCCUGUGCUCUUGAAACUCUAUGGUCCAUAUGAUCCGCAACGGCGGGCAGAACUCAAGGCCCGGAUGGAACUGGAUAGACUCCCACUGGGCCAAGUAAAGAAACGUGAGCGGGAAGAGCUCAGGCUCCAGAAGCAGCGAGAAAAGGAGCGCAAGGAAGCUGAGAAACGAUCUCGCUCCCUUGCCAAAGGAAAGGGAGUACAAUGGGACAGCCAGGGUCAACCAAUGUUUGCCAAUCUCUCGACUCCGGAUGGAGAGGGCCAGGCGGAGAGCCUGGAAGACCUUAUCGGGCAAAGUAGCACGUUCAAUCCUAGAGAGAUGGGCCAAGUUGUGGAGAAAUUUGGUGUCGACGAGACGGAUUUGGAAAAUAUGCCCAUGGCUGAGAACCCUGCAGGCUUGACGACGGAGUUACUCCCUUACCAGCGUCAGGGUUUGGCAUGGAUGAUUGAAAAGGAGUCUCCAGUCUUGCCCGCUCCUGGUUCACAGGCUAUUGUCCAGCUCUGGAAGAGAAACGGGAGCUAUUUUACCAAUAUUGCUACGAAUUACUCGACCAGACAAGAGCCGCCUCUUGCUAGCGGUGGGAUUCUUGCUGACGACAUGGGUUUGGGAAAGACUAUACAGAUUAUUUCUCUGAUCCUGGCCAACUCAGAACCGAAGACGUCUGGAUCAAAGACAACACUGAUUAUUUCGCCUGUUGGAGUGAUGAGUAAUUGGAUAGAUCAGAUCGCAACCCACACAACUGAAGAAAGGGGUCUCCGCGUGCUCAGGUAUCAUGGACCAGGGAAGAAAGAAGCCGGCAAUCUGAGCCAGUACGACGUGGUUGUCACGAGCUAUGGCGCGCUCAGCCAAGAGUACAAGCCGGACUCGAAAGCCACCCCGACCAAGGGAUUAUUUGCGACUAAUUGGCGCCGAGUCGUUUUGGAUGAGGGCCAUACAAUCCGUAACCCCAGGUCCAAAGCAGCCCUUGCAGCUUGCAAUCUAAAGGCAGAUUCCCGUUGGACGUUGACUGGAACCCCAAUUAUCAACUCUCUGAGAGAUCUCUAUUCUCAGAUCCGUUUCUUAAGACUUUCUGGCGGCCUAGAAGAUCUUGCAUUGUUCAAUAGUGUCCUCAUUCGACCCUUGACUUACGGUGAUCCGGAAGCAAGCACUCUUCUUCAGGGUCUGAUGGCUACUAUCUGCUUGCGGAGAAGGAAAGAUAUGAACUUCAUCAAUCUGCGUCUCCCGCCGCUGAGAUCACACGUCCUGCGUGUGAAGUUCCAUCCGCACGAACAGGAAAAAUACGACAUGUUUCUAUCCGAGGCGAAGGGCAAGAUGUUGGACUAUCAGUCCAAGGAUAAGCACGGCAACACAACGUAUUCCCAUCUUCUCGAAGUUAUUCUUCGGCUGCGCCAAGUCUGCAACCAUUGGUCACUGUGCAAGAAUCGCAUUGACAAGCUGAUGUCAAUGCUGGAAGAGCACAAAGUUGUCCAAUUGACACCGGAAAACAUCAAAGCACUCCAGGACAUGCUGCAACUCAGAAUUGAGAGUCAAGAAGUUUGCUCAGUGUGCUUGGAUUUAUUGGAGCAGCCUGUUAUCACGGCCUGUGCCCACCCGUUUUGCCGUGCAUGCAUCGAGCAGGUCAUUGAAAAACAACAUAAGUGUCCCCUGUGCCGUGCGGAGAUCGAGGAUACAUCUACUCUUGUAUCCCCUGCGGUGGAGUUGGGAGAGGAUGAGGGCAGUGGCGAGGUCGAUCCGGACAGUCCCAGCAGCAAGAUUGAAGCUCUCAUCAAGAUCCUCACAGCCAAGGGCCAAGCCCCGGACACCAAGACAGUCGUUUUCAGCCAGUGGACUUCAUUUCUUGACAUCAUCGAGCCUCACCUCGAGCGUAACGGCAUAUCUUUCGCUCGGAUAGACGGAAAGAUGCAAUCUGCCAAACGUGACAAGUCCACCCACCAGUUUUCCAAUGACCCUGAGUGCAAAGUCCUGCUCGCUAGUCUGAAUGUCUGCAGCGUCGGUCUUAAUCUUGUUGCAGCAAAUCAGGUCAUUCUUGCGGACAGCUGGUGGGCGCCCGCUAUUGAAGAUCAAGCUAUGGACCGUGUCUACCGACUCGGCCAGAAGCGAGAGACGACUAUCUGGCGGCUGGUCAUGGAAGGAAGUAUUGAAGACCGCGUCCUAGAGAUCCAAGACACCAAGCGCAAUCUCAUGAUGGCUGCGUUCCGCGAGACAGGCAAGAAGAAGAAAGCCGAGGACAAGGCCGCAAGACUUGCCGAUCUGGAAAAGCUCAUCGGUUGAGGAGGGAUAUUGUAUCCUGGCAACACUCAAGACGGUCAUUUCUGCUGUACAGCUAUUCCUUUUCGUUGUCCAUGAUUCUACAUCUGCACAAAACACAAUAUUUUCACCUGUCACAUAUGUUUCGAUUGCUCUCCUACCGGCUUCUAAUUUCUAUCUGGCUAAAUCAAAUU